AUGAGACGCAUAAAACCGACGCAACAGCCUCAUGCGGCUCGCGAGCUGCGGGUCGGCCACUCCAGGCUUAAUCCAAGGGCCGUAAUUAUCUUCGAUGCAAUACAAUACAAAAAAUUGAAUGCAUUCAUAUUCAUCCUAACAUUCCUGAACGACAUGGUAAAAGUAUUCGCUAAAUCGUAGUGUGGUUGUCGACGUUCAGUAGAACACAAUCCUCGCGACAAUUUCUUUUUUAUCUUUGUAAAUAGUUUCAUAAAAUUACGUAGAGAAUUCUGUGAUAAAACUGAAAACUUGGAUUAGAUCAUCAAGAAUGCAAGUUUUUAUUGUACUACCAUUAGCUCUUACUACUGCGUUUUUAUACGCAAGAACAAGAUGGAAAUCAAUGCGAAUGAUUGACAGAUACUCUUUCAAAGUGAAGCUGAUGAUUAAACUCGGAAUAGCACAUUUGCUUCAUAUGACUGGUUUGUCACAGAUAUUGAGGGUACGUUACCUAUAUCCUAUAUAUUAUACGGCAUCCAAUGGAUAUAAAACGCUAUUAAGCAACACAUGAAUGGCUGCUGUGUAUGAGGAAGCUCUAAAAUUCAAAAUUAGGGAUGAUGAUGUUUUUAUUGCUACUUAUCCAAAAUCAGGUACAACAUGGAUGCAGCAAAUUGUUUGGUUAAUUUGCAACAAUGCUGAUACCAACGUUGCUGAAGACAAGCCACUUUCGAGUCGAAUUCCCUUUCUUGAAGCAGUGGAUAUGACGGACAACGUGUUAUUGGGAAUACAAACGCUUGAAAAAUGGCAAAAGAAUAAGCAAAGGCUAAUAAAGACUCAUCUCCCUUACGGACUCCUGCCUGAAGAUAUUCAAUCGGGUAACAAAUGCAAGAUAAUUUAUGUCGCCCGGAAUGCGAAAGAUGUUUGCGUUUCUUUCUACUUCUUUCACGUCAUGAAUAUGCUACUGCCGCACCCAGGAACCUGGAGUGAAUUUUUAAAAAAUUAUAGCUCUGGAAAUAUCAUGUUUGGAAGCUGGUUUCCUCAUGUUCUCACAUACUGGGAGAAGUUUCAGACAGACAAAGAACGCAUUUACUUUACCACGUACGAAGCUAUGAAGAAGGACUUGAAAAGAGAAAUAGUUGCUGUAUCCAACUUUCUUGGAAAGAAACUAACUAAUGAACAAAUAGAUAUCAUAUUUAAUUUCUGCACAUUCGACAGUAUGAGCAAGGACAAAAGUACAAAUUACUCACAUGUUAAAAAUUUGGUAAUGAAUUUUAAAAAGUCAAGGUUCAUGAGAAAAGGUGAAGUUGGUGAUUGGAAGAAUUAUUUCACAAUAAAUGAAAAUGCAGCUUUCGAUGAAUUAUACGAAGAAAAAAUAAAAGAUAGUGGACUUGACAUUCCUUUCGAGGUGUGAUUUUGAAAUUGAAUUUUUUAAAUACAUCAAUUGCUGAUUUCUCUGUUAUAGUGAAUAUCAGAUAAAACGGAUUAUUCAAAUAUUACAACUUAGAUCAAAAUUCUGUUCCGAAUUAUUUCUAUCUUUAAUUAUAUAUUCAAACUCAUAUUAUCGUGUAUUUCGUAGUUUUCGACUGAAUGAAACUUUAAUGACGUAAUUUCGAAUUCGAUGCUCGUAGAUUGUUGCAAAACGAAUCAAAACAAGUACGAAAUUAAUUCUGUGAGGUAAUAAAAACAUAUGGAUUGUUUCAAAUAUUUGAUUUAUAUGCUAAACUGUAUUAUCACUAUUACUCUUGUGUUAUAAUUUACAAAUCCAACUAUGCGAUUAUGUACUGU